AUGGGCGGCUUCAAGAUUGUCGAAGACAGGCCUACGCCAAAGGCCGUCUACAAUGCGCGUGUCUAUGGUCUCGCUGUGGUCUGUGGAAUGGGAGCUUUAACAUUCGGAUACGACGGAGCAUUUAUUGGUACAACCAUAGCUCGCGCGUCCUUCAAAGAAGCCAUGGGCAUUGACAAGAUGACUGCCUCGCAAAAGACCAACAUCACCACCAACGUCACGUCGGUUUUCACUGGCGCGGCAUUCUUUGGUGCCGUCUCGGCCUGGCCCACUAUGGAGCUGUUUGGUCGUAAACGACCGAUGCAACUCGCGGCCGUCCUGUUCAACAUUGGCGCCAUCCUGAUGACAGCCACUCAGCACAGUCUGGGCAUGAUCUACGCUGGUCGUGUCAUCACUGGCUUCGCCGUGGGCAUUCUCACGGCCGUCAUCCCCACCUUCAUAUCAGAAAUCGCCCCACCUCCAAUCCGCGGCGCGCUCACCGGUCUGUUCGAAGUUUCGUACCAAUGCGGCACUCUCACGGGCUUCUGGGUCAACUACGGCAUUUCGCAGCACAUGGACGUGACCAAGAACAGUUCGUGGCGCUUGGCAAUGGGUAUCCAGUUAAUCCCCGGUGGUCUCCUGGCGAUCGGCUCUGUCAUUCUCAAAGAAUCUCCCGGCUGGCUUCUCCGCAAAGGCCGCGCCAACGACUGCCUCGACGUCCUCAGCUACAUUCGCAAGCUACCCAGGGACCACGAAUACAUUCAGGAGGAAGUCGCCCGUCUCCAGCAGGUCAUCGACGAGGAGCGGAAAAUUGCCGGAGAAAAGUCGGGCGUUUGGGCGUACCUCCGCGCUUUCGUCCGUGAACUCAAAGUGCCCGACAUUCGCCACAGAGUCAUCAUUCUCUUCUGGCUGUUCAUCCUCAUGAAUUUCUCUGGAGCGGUCGUACUGAACUACUACUCCCCUUCUCUUUUUGGUGCUGUUGGCAUUGCUGCGGCCGACAUCAAUCUCUACACUGGCUUCUACGGCCUGAUCAAGGCAUUUGGGGCAAUCACCUUCUGCCUGUUCAUCGUCGAUCGCGCUGGCCGCCGAGUUCCUUGGCUCCUGUCUGCCGCCAGCUGUUGCGCAUGCCUGUGCUACAUUGGUAUCUACGUCGCCAUUGCCAAGCCCACAGAGGGUAACCUCUCCGCGUCGGACCACAAGGCAGGCCAGGCAGCGAUCGCCGCCAUCAUGCUCUAUUCGUGGUUCUGGUCCUGGGGUGGCAACUCGCUCGCCUGGAUCGUCUCGGCUGAGAUGUUCCCCAUCUCCCUGCGCUCUAUCACAGGCGCCAUGGGAGCUUCGACCCAGUGGUUGUCCAGUUUUGCCGCCACGAUGAGCGCGCCACACAUGCAGGCCAAGAUUGGCUGGGGUGUGUUCGUGUUCUAUGGCGCGUGCUGUGCCCUCACUUUUGUCUUCACCUUCUUCUUCAUUCCCGAAACAAAAGGUAUCCCUAUUGAGUGUAUGGGUACUCUAUUCGGCGGUCCGUCCAAGUACUGCCAGUGGCGCCAGAAGAAAGUCUUUCCACCAGACGGAAUCCCACCCAUCCCCCACGCAGCCAAUGAGCGCGCCGCGCACGACCUGCAGGACAAGAUGGACAGCGAGAAAGAUCAGGUGGACCACAUUGAGCACGUCUAG